UAUUUUUCAGCUUGCUGAGAAUGGUUAAGUUUUGCUUCGUCGCAUUAGCUUUGUUAGUGGCGUGUUGUGUCAUUCAAGGAGCAUCAUCCUACGAGGAUGACGUGGAAGCUGCCUGGGAAACGUAUCAGGCUCAUCAUCCGCAUAAGGCAGAUGCAUCCCCUCAAGAAAUUGCGAAGCGUAAAGGCAACUUUGCUAAAGCUCACGACAUGAUCAUGAAACACAACAAAAACAAGGACGCCACUUUCCAGAUGGAACAUAACAAAUUCUCCGCGAUGGACGAUGACGAGAAAAAGCAGUACAAUGGAGCACGUCCUCCACCGCAUCAUGAAGGUUCGAGGUUGCUAAAUAUUGACGAUCUAGCUACGAGGCAACUACCCUCCAGCCUGGACUACCGUACCGAUACAUGCUUGGCGGUAGUUAAAAACCAAGGAUCAUGUGGAAGCUGCUGGGCUUUCACUGCUAUUGCGCCGCUAGAAUUCGCAAAUUGCAAAAAGACCGGUACACCUGUGGUUUUGAGCGAACAACAGUUGGUGGAUUGUGAUCCUUAUGACAGCGGCUGCAAUGGUGGAUGGUACACAAAUGCUUGGUAUUACAUACAGAAUGGAAGUGCGAAACAGUCACUCUACACUUACACCGCUACCAAAAACACGUGCAAGUAUACGUCUGCCAUGCUAGGAGCCACAGUUUCAUCGUACGGUUACGUCACGUCUAAUAGUUCCGCGUCUAUGCAAUCAGCUCUGCAGAAGUACGGUCCUCUUGCAGUGGCCAUCACCGUCGUCAAUUCUUUCAAUUUAUAUAAGAGUGGAGUGUACACCGAUCCGGCAUGCGACAAUUUGGGUGUGAAUCACGGUGUAGUCGUUGUCGGCUGGGGCACUCUCAACGGAAUCGGCUAUUGGAUCGUUCGUAACUCGUGGGGAGCCAGCUGGGGAAGCAGUGGGUACAUUCUUAUACAACGUGGUGUCAACAAAUGCGGCAUCGAGCUUUACCCUGCCGCCAUUGUAUCCGUUCUUUAAAAGCAAGGCUCUUCAACUCCUAUUAAGGGCUUUAAAAGUAUAAAAACCAGUUCGCAGCCCCACUUUUAUUGAUGGUCUCUGUAGUUUGCCUUUUUUCGGGUUUGUAACUCUU